UGACGUGUACAACAAUGUUAUCGGGAAAGAUAUGGAUGAGAUUACACUUUGACCAGUGAGAAGAGUGGUUGAGACGAAGGAGAGAUCUGAGCAACUUUCUCAAUUUCCAUAGAAAUAUGCUUCAAACUGAGAAUUCUCACGUUUGUUCACAGCAAAAGUUGAUGGCUCUGAGAGGGAACUUCAAGGAGCUUGGUGUGCCUAAUUAUCAAGAAUCAUCACAGGAGACAUACCCUUCUUAUCAAAUUUCGAUGUUCCCAGUGGAGUUGUUGUACAGUAAGAUGGGUGAUACAUUUUUCCAUCAAACAGAUGCUACAAGCAGAGUCUUAGUGGUCAAAGGCUUUUCUACGGUGCUUCAAGAUUCCCAAGGAAUCAAACAGAUGGAUGAUACAUUCUUCCAUCAUAAAUCUAAAAUACCGAUGAGGAAAUGUAUUUGGAGUGAUAUCAACUUAGAGCACCUCCAACAAAGAACCUCAUUUUGAAAUGAGGUCUCAUUAGCCGCCCGCCUCUCACUGUCGAUUUUCUCUCUGAGACUAAACCCGAAGCUUGGUUCGUCAGUUGGAAACUUCUCGCCGAGCGCAACAUUCCUUAGCAUUCUCCAUGGAUCCCGAGGACUCAAAGCUUGAUGAUCCCAAGGACUCGAGGCUUGAUCCCGAUGACUCAAAGGUUGAUCCUGAUGACUCAAGGCUUGAUCCCUCGUCAAAAAAACGGGCGCUUGAAUCCGAAGGAAGAGAGGAGGACAAGAAAAGGCACAAUUCAGAGAAGCUUUCGGAUGAAUCUCCUCUUGCCUCACCGUCAUUUGCUGAAUGGGAUUCAAGUGAUUCAGAGACUGAAUUGGAAGAGUAUUACAUUCCAAAUCAACUGAUCAUAUGGAACUUGCACGAUGAGACUGUUAAACGUGAUAUUAGGGAAUUCUUUAACAAAAAGUCUACUCGUGUCAUGAUGGCUGAUAUCGACUCUCAAGGCAAACCGCUCAGGAACGCAACUGUUUGGUUUAAAUGUCUUGAAGAUACAAAAGAGGCCUUUAAGAAACAAGGGCAAAAACUGCGCGGACUUCCUGUUCGUAUGAAGCGGCCCCGUACCAAUUUGGUAGUGCUUGCAGUGAGUGGGUUUGAACCUGGUUCAACAGAGGAGGUUAUCAAGGGACAGCUGACAACGUUUUUCAAAUCAAGUGGAGUUAUCAGGAAGAUUUUUAUUCCUAAAGACGAGAACACUGGUCAAUGUUUAAGUUUCGGAUACGUUUUUUUGAAAAAGAAAAGUACUAAAGCUGAGCAGGAGAAUUUGGAUGAGAUCGGAGGUCCUUCAUUCGAGGCUGUAGAUUGCACUGCUCAGGUGAGAUUCAGGGAAAUCAGGGCUGCUAUGGAGGCGGAGGGGACUAUGGACCCGGAGGAGGAGGAGGAGGAGGCGGAGAAGGAGGAGUCUGAGGAUGAGUUGGUUGCUAUGGAUCCCAAGUUAAUGGAUAAACUUCUCAAGGAAUGGCUCGGGAACUAGGUCUGAGGGGUUUGGGUAUAAGUAGAACUAGUCUGAGUUUUGUCGGUCAUUUAGACCAAGAACAAUAUGUAAAGGCGUUUUUAGCCAUUGAGUUUAAUCUCAAUCAAACAUUAAACCUAA